CUUAAAAGUAAUUUACAUCAGCUUUGCUCUACAUGACCUAGAAAGGAGUUAAACUGAAUUUGAGCUCUGGAAUUAAAUUAAGACGUUUUAGGUGAAUAUGAACAAUAAUAUGAACAUAUUUUCUCGUUAUUUGUGAAAGUUAAAUGUUGCUAACGUGUAUCAUUUAUGCUUGAUCGUGGGCCUUGCCUCUGCUCCACUGACUAUUAUAUUAUAGUCCUGACAAAACGUCAAAUGUUGAAUGCAUUUUAGAGCAAUGCAUUUCAGCACUGCAGUGGUGAACAGCGACCGUAAUUCCACGAGCCUUUCCUGCUCUUGCUUCCAGACCGUGGUUGGGAUGCACAAGAGAGAAGCUGCUGCGCUACGGGCAGGAGCGAUGGGUGCCAUUAGGUAGACCAGGGAAUUGUUUGGGGCUACCAGGGGUCCCCAGCGGGCCAACAAACUUUGAACCAAUUCAGAACCACAACAGCAGGAAAGCUGAAUUGACAGCGCGGUUCUCAGAGUCCCUGACGGAGCCCCACUCUCACAGAAAGUGCGAGUUCUUAAGUAAACAAACUUGAGAACGAGCGCCCGGGCUGACAGCAGCCUUUAACUCCAUUAAAAUUAAAAGAAGUUAUCGUUUUGAAAGUGAAAAAAGAGGGAAAGACAAAAAAGCGGAAGAAAAGAAAUUUACGAAAUUCCCGAAAUUUAACACAACAAUGGCGAGUGUAAUCUUGUAAUUUAUAAUUGCGUUUUGGACUAAAUAGGUACUUAUGAGAUAGGGCUAUCUUGUUUGCUGAACACACAGGCUGACACUAGCAGCUCAAAGCAAUAUAUCUUAAAGCAGUUUUAACCCAGCCAGGCCCCUACCUGGCAGUAAAGACUAUAACUUGUUUAGCAAGCUUGCUGUAUAUAAAAUCGUCUAGUAGCUUUUUUUUUUUUUUACUAAUAACAGUUGUUUUCAAACAGCCAAGCUAAGAAUGCCAAAUUAUUGACUUAAUGUGCAAGAAUUUUUGCUAGUGCAACUAAAUAACUGUAUGAAGUUGUUGUAUUUUGUAUGGGGGUUUUAAGGGUAUAGUGGACAAUCUUUUAUCGGCUUCGAGUUAUGGGGCGAUCAUCGUAUCUGUCAGUUGUGCCGCAGGCCAAUCAUUGUGACAUUCUCGCCUAACGCCACUAUGCAUUCUCAUUCCUUGCUAGUUUCCUCUUGCUGGCUGCGCUCCUCUACUGUUUAUAUAUCCAGUGAGCUUUGUUUCCACUGUUCGUUGUAACUCCGCUGCUCUCACCAUAUACUUAGAAAACGGUUGAGAGUCGCAAGAAGCAAACUUUCUUACAAGUUUCUGAGGAGAAUGGGAAGGCCUCAGAAGACCAGAUUGUAUUUGGAAUAUUUUUUUUUUCAUCUGAUCCCCUUUAAGAAGCAAAAGAGCAAGUAGGAUGGUCUUGCGCAUGGGUAAUUAUUCAAAGAUUGACUUGGGCGUUUCUUAGCUACAUUUCCAGAAAAAAAAAAACCAUCUACUAUACCUUUAAAUUACAGAUUUUUUAAGUACUGAUGUGCGCUUUGUAAAAAAAUAUAUAUAUAAGUUUACAUUUUACAAUUUUGUCAGAGCUGGAUUCGAUUUAUGUGAUGAAACCUGGUCUGAGGCCUACUUGGAAAUUUUUGCUUGGGGCCGCAAGAGACCCUUGCAGCGCCACUGACUACGGGGUAACCCCUUCACUCUAUGCAGCAGCAGGGGAUACCGGGGCGGAAUAGGUGCUCUGUCACAAGAGUUUAUUUAUUGGUGAUUGCAGAGCAUGAUGUAUCCAGUUCACUUUCUUCUAUUAUUAUUAAAUCAAUGUUGUACUGAGCUUGGGCAAAGCAUUCUAAUUUCGCUCCUCUUUCUCUUCCGCGUCUCUCACUCACUAACGUGUGCAGACGUAGACGUUGCGGACCGUCAGUCGUUACUUAAAGGGACAGCGUUCUCAAAUAGCACAUGCUAUUAGAAAAUACGUAAAUACUAAAAGACUACUGAAUGACUGAAAUCUUUCUUAUCUCAUCAGCAAAAUAAAACUUAAUUGAACAUAAAUAUAUUUACAAGCUGCGUAUUUAUAUGACACAAAAUGCUUGUUUUUGUCUUUAGAUUGAGGGAAAAUAAAAACUUUCAUUUUGCGGUGUCUGUGAUAUAUUAUCAUGCAUCAAACGGGAGAUAAGUGUGUCUUUAUUCGUGUUUCUCUGAUUGGAUACCAGAGGUGGAUGCUGUGCGCCAAUAGAAUUCUGAACUGUACAAAGAGAUCUAGCCCCUCCCCCCUGCAGCUUCUGCAAACACAAUGAUCAGAGUGGGAGAGCAGCCGGCAAAUAUUUCAUAAAUUUGGAGCACAGGAUCAUGUCUUAAUUUAAUGUUUGGCCAGAAAUAGGUGUGGCUCCAACUGGAUAUGUUGCGCUCACGGGAUAUUGAUUUUUGCUCUUUGAUAUUCGCUCUUGUGGAAUGGAAACGGCUUAUUCUGUAGAACAAGGAUGACAAAGAGGAAAGGGUACCGAGACUGGAGAUGGCAGGCGCUAUGGUGGCAUCAUUUCUUUCUCUUGUGGAAUACAAUACACGGACAGACUCGUUACAGCAUACAAGAGGAGCUGAAACGGGGUUCUGUGGUGGGAAAUCUUGCCAAAGAUCUGGGUUUGGGACUGUCGGACAUUUUUCACCGUAAACUGCGGGUCGCCUCUGAUGCUGGCGGCCAGUAUUUCAGCGUGGAUGCGGGGAAGGGCGAGCUGGUGGUGAAUGACAGAAUAGACAGAGAGGCUUUGUGUGGAAAAAGCGGCAGCUGCAUAUUACCUCUGCAGGUUGUAAUAGAGGACCCACUGCAGUUGCAUCGAAUUGAAGUGGAAAUAAAAGAUAUUAAUGACAAUUCUCCAAAUUUCCUUUCAAAUGCGUUAUCUUUAAAUAUCGCCGAAUCGGCGGCUGUUGGUACGCGCUUUCCUUUAGAAAGCGCAGAGGACCCUGAUGUUGGGAGCAAUUCACUUAAAUCUUAUACGCUCGGUAAAAACGAUUGCUUCUCCCUGAGGAUAAAAGAAAACGAGGGAGGCAAAGCUGUUCCGGAGCUUGUUUUAGAAAAAACUCUUGAUCGAGAGAAAACGUCUGUUCACAAGAUAUUGCUGACAGCGUUAGAUGGGGGGACUCCUGUAAGAUCUGGAACUACACAAAUAACGAUAACAGUUCUUGAUAUAAAUGAUAAUUUUCCAGUAUUUGAGAAAAACCUGUACAAACUAUCCUUGGGUGAAAAUAGUUUGAAAGGAACAGUUAUUAUUAAACCCAAAGCAACAGACGCAGACGAAGGCUCAAAUAGUGAAAUUGAGUUUUCAUUUGGCUCACGUACGCCACCUUCUGUGUUGUCGGCUUUUGAUAUUCACCCAGUAACGGGAGAAAUCGCUCUUAAAGGGGAUUUAGACUAUGAAACAGUUAAGUCAUAUGACAUUGACGUCAUUGCGAAAGAUAAAGGCAGCCCGCAAAUGGAAGGUCACUGUCGUGUCCAGGUAGAUAUUACUGAUUUUAAUGAUAAUGCCCCUCAAAUUGGUUUUACUUCGCAGCCUAAACCUGUGCGCGAAGAUGCGCCGAGCGGCACCGUAGUUGCUCUGAUCAAUGCCAAAGACCUUGACUCUGGCGAUAACGCUAAAGUAACCCUACAACUCACCAAAGGCCCUCCUUUUAAUCUGAAACCUUCAUUUUCAAAUAAUUAUGCGCUGGUUACAGUCGGUACCUUAGACCGAGAGAGUGCGUCAGAAUAUAAUAUUGAGAUAACAGCCACAGAUUCAGGCUCCCCUCCGCUGUCCAGUAAGAAAACUAUUCAUGUCAGCAUCACUGAUGUAAAUGACAAUCCUCCUAUUUUUGCUCAGCCCUCCUAUAAUGUAUAUUUAAAAGAGAAUGGGGUUCCAGGAUCUAUACUUUACUCAGUAUCAGCCUCUGAUCUGGAUUCUGGUGAAAAUGCAAAGAUCUCUUACUCCAUACUGGACUCUAAAGUGCAGGACGUGUCUGUCUCAUCUUACGUUUACAUUAACUCAGAUAACGGGAGCAUCUACAGCAUGCACUCCUUUGACUAUGAGAAGCUGAAGGUGUUUCAGAUUCAGGUUCAGGCAAAGGACCAGGGCUCUCCGCCUCUCAGCAGCAACACUACUGUCCAUGUUUUUAUCCUGGACCAGAACGAUAAUGCCCCCACUGUUAUUUACCCCUCCUCCGCUGCACUGGGAUCCCUCUCUCAUCAGAGGAUGCCCCGCUCUGCUAAAGCGGGCCACCUGGUUACCAAGGUGACUGCCGUGGAUGCUGACUCGGGUCCAUAACGCCUUGAUCUCCUA